AGGGUUUUGGCCCCCCUCUGCCAACCGAGUGGCCUGUAAGGUGGGGUUCUCCCACCACAAUAGGACAGGACUGGACAGGGGAUGCUCAACAGCAGCAGUGAUAGGGAACCUUGCCAGGAGGUGCCCCAUGAGGUGCAGCAAUUUGUGGCAUGUUGCUUUUCCCAUCUCUCCCAGUCAGCUGAAACAUUCUGUCUUUUGAAUCCAUUGGGACAGAUUAGUCACCAGUCCAUACCCAUACAACUGGUGCAUUCUGAGUUUGUCUUUUGUUCUGUGUGUGUGUGUGUGUGUGGUUGCUUCUCUGUUGGUUUAUGCUCUAGAUUACCAGAAGCAGGGAGUGUCUCCUACUGAUAUUUUCACAUUUCCAUGAGGGUAGAAAUUGAACGCAGCCAGGGUAGCUUGGCCCAGCUGCCGGCUCCUCUGCAUACCUUCAAUCAUUUCCUUUUUCCCUCUUUUCUAUCCCUUUCUCUCUGCUCCUCCUCUUCCUGCCCCUCUUUGCCUCCCCUCCCUGUGCUUCCCUGGCGGCACUGCUGGCUCUGCACAGGCCCUGUUCUCUAAUCAGAUGAAGCUGCAGGAUUAUCUCUCUCCCUCCCUUCUAAGCUCCAUUUUAUUUCCUCUCCAGCCAAGGGGGAGGCAGGAAGGGGCGUCACCUCUAGGCAGAGGAAAACCCAUCUCCCAGUCUCCUGCCUUUGAUGCUCUCUAGCAAUCCCCCCUCCUUCCCCUUAUAUACUCACCUUAGUGUCAACAGCAUCAGGCGGAUCAAAGAGCCCAAUUUCUAAAGGAAAUCUGAACUUUUUUUGGCUUUCAUUCUCCACAAAUUUCUGAGCAUCUAUUUUAAACCCCCUCCAAGUAGCUUGGACAGGGAAGCUGGAUGUGCCAUCUCUGAGUAGGGGCAAGAUCUCUCCCUUUUGCCAUGUCAGCUGACAGCCACCAGCUCCACACUCAUUCCCACAAGGACACGCUAAGUUCUACUUCUCACGGUCUCUUGAAUGUCAACAGUCACCCCUUGUCAAAGAGCUCCUCGAGUCUCAUUUGUGCUGGGCAUUCAAGUUUGGAAUGGCAAAGCAACAAACAGGAGCUUAAGAAAAGCCACAGCAGCACUGUCUGCCAAACCCUGGGACAUGAGAGCGAUGCCAGAAGUGUACCAAGUCCUAGGUGGUCCUUCUCACAGUCUGGGUUGAUGGGACUUGAAUCGGUGGUCCAGACCAUGAACAGUCAGUCACCCAGUAACAAUUCACAGAGCAGAACUAAGACUACAAACCAUUUUCUUAUCAUUGAACAGUCCCCGGCAUCCUGGGAAGUGGAUGACACUAAGAUGUGUGUAAAGAGCAGUACUGUUGAGAAUGUUUCUUCAGACUGUUUUAAGCACCAGCAAAGCAUGGGUAAAAUGGAUGAACCGAGAGCUGCUCUCCAGAGAAGCCACUCAGACCUAACCUGCAGUUGCAGACAGCAGAGCUACAUCUCUCACAUAGAAACCAGUGCUACUGAUUCCAGCCUUAGCUCUUCUAGCAGCAGGCAUGGUCCAUCAGUGGUGAGGAUGUCUUUCCAAGCAGAAAGAUAUGGAUCAGAAAUAAAUGAAAAUACUCACUAUCAAAACCUUGUGACUCAUCUUCCAGCUCUACCUGUAGACCAGAAAGUACCCACAAACACCUUUGACAGUGGGGGUAUUCCACAUAAUACGACUGUUUAUACUGAUCCUGGAAGAUUUCACAGUGCUGUUCUAGGACCCCACAUGCCUGGAAAUGGUUUCUCCAACAGGACAAUGCUCAGUCAAGCCACCGGAAUUAUUCAUGGUGGUCUGACUUACAGUAAUAUUCCAAACUCUGCAUAUUCACCAAUGGUGAUGACAGUUCAUAACAAUUCUGCAGUGCCCUGUAAUAUAAGGCAGGACCCUUGUAUGAAAGUAGAUGGCACUGUCCCUGCCUAUUGCCAUUCUUUGCCCAUACCAUCUAUACAGCUUGUUCCGCGAUUGGUAUGCUCAGUUAGCGAGUCGGGAAAAGAGCAAGCAGCACCUGACUAUCUUCAUUCCUUUUCCACUUCAGACAUUCUGACCUAUCCUAAGCUUGUGUCUUCAGUAAGUGAGUCGGGCCUGGAUGCCAAGAGAGUCCUGAAGUGCUGUAGCAUUCCUGGAGAACAACUACAACAUGCUCAACGCUGCGCUCAGCAGGAGAGAGCUUCUCCAGAAACACAGACUGUUCAUGUUGCUCUUAGCAGCCAGCUAACAACAGACGUAGCAAUGAAAACUAAAGAUAUGUGGACUAUGACCUCUGCAAAUGAUUUAACCAAGGGACUGAAACCGGCUCUUGAACGCAGAGAUGCCGAGGUACAAACUCUUCCAACCAUGGAAUGCAAAUCUGUUGCAACAAGCCCAGCGGCUGCAGCAGAAGGCCACUCACAUGUGUUCCCAGAGGUGAACCUGGAGCAAGACUUGGAGGCCCCCAAGUCUCCGGUACGGGAAGUGAGAUGGGAUGAUGAAGGAAUGACAUGGGAAGUGUAUGGGGCAUCUGUGGAUCCAGAAGUCCUUGGUUUAGCCAUUCAAAAACAUCUUGAGAUUCAAAUAGAACAAUUCCAGACAGAGCCUGUUCAACAGACUGGGAAAAAUGAGGAGGAUCCUUUCAACAAGGAGCUGUCUUCUGACAAAAUGGGGAAGAAAAGACCGUUCAGAACAAUGAUGCAUUCUCUGAGAUAUCCGAGCUGUUGUGCUCGAUCGAGUACUGCAAUGGAGUGAGCGUAGCUCUAGGACAGCCACAGCCAUGUUGGGGUUUUUUGUUUCUUUGUUUUCUCAAUUGUAAAUAAAUGCUGUCUCUCAAGUGUUAACACAUGGGCAAUCCGCUUACGGAUAAGUGGGAAAAGUUCAGUGGCCAUCAAAAAGCAAAGCAUGGAAAAACCCACAGUUGGGCCAUGUAACAAAGGACAUACUGGUUGUAUCUUCGUCAUGCCAUCAGAUUGUGUUGACUGUAUUUAAUGUAGCACUCUUAUUCUUCUGUGUUAAUUUUACAUCGUAUUUUAAGGAAUUAGACUUAUUUUAUAAAUGAUGCAUCUUUUUAAAAUAAUGUUGAAUUUUUCAGUAUUUUCACGAUUUAGGGCUAGGAAACAAAGUUAGAAAAUGAUGCUUUAAUAUAAAUUCUUAGCUUUCCACCCUACUCCCUAAGUUUUGGGAUUCGUUUUGCUGUUAAUUUAUGCUAAUGCUGACUAUAAACCCACUUGAGCUGUAGAUAAAAUGAGAAACUAGUGUAAUACUAUAUUACAAAUAAUUGUAACUUUUGCUAUGUAAUUCUGCCAUGUAAUUUCAGUAUUACUAGCCAGAACUCAUCCCUUUGCAAGCUGGUGUGGUUGGAGGAUGCUCCUGCAACUUUCAUGUAGUUAUUACGAAUUACAAUCUGAACGUGCAGAUGUGAUGUUUACUAACACAGAUGUAAAGUAUUACCAAAGAUGACUCACGUUAUGUGAAUUACUUAUUGAGUGCUUGUUUUCUGAAACAAAAGCUGUUCAUAUUAGUCUGUCACAUGAUUAUACGCUACAAAUCAUAAGCGGUUUGGGGUUUCUUAUAUUAAAAAUAAUUUCCAUCAAGCUCUUUUUAUGUGCAUCUAUCCUGAACAGUGGUAGUUUUGUUGUGGCAUGAACCACAGAGAACAGUUUGCAUCUCAUCUUCGCCUGUCUUGUGUUCCCUGUCUGCUCUGAUGUCAGCUGUCUGCUGGAAGUGAGACUUCGUGUCUUUACCAAAGUACAGCUAAAACUAAGAUUGUUCCUUCUGAGUGCCUUGGUCACAUGGGCAGCUUCAAGAUUUCCUUUUUCCCAAAAAACAAUUUUAAAAAAAUCCCACUGAAAACUUCAGUAUACCACAGUGCAGAACCUGUUGGAACUGAAAGACUUGUCAAGAAAGCUGUUGGUAACAAAAAUAGAGUUUGUAUCUAAGGAUUUUCUAUGCCUUUGAAAAUUUUUAAAAUACGAGACUUAUUAGUGGAGAUUUAGAAGAAAAUACUGCU